ACUACAUCCAAGGUUCCGUAGACUCACGGAUUCCAGGCAUCCAGGCGUCCAGGAGCGAGUCGUGGUCAUAGCAGAGAGGACCAGCGUGGGCUGGGCUUGAGCGGUUGAUGGAAUCUUCUGACCAAGAAUCCUAGUGGAAGAGGCGGCCAAGGAAAGGUGCCAGAGCAGAGACGCACGAGAGAGGGCCUAUAACCGCGAAAGGAAUUGCUUAACCUUUUGUCAGUGGACGAUGGGAGUCUAGUUUGAUGAAAGAGUACUAGACCGCGCCAGGCCCGUUGCUGCUUUGUGUGCUCUCAGUGAAACUUUGAAUGUCAUUUUCAAAGAAUGGAGGGCAAUAUGAAGCUUGCAAUGGUAGAAGAUGCUGUGGAGUACCACCUGUUCCUGAUACCAGAUAAAGCAAGAGACACAGAUGAACCCAAAGAGAUUCUUCAGAAGUACAUUGAAAGAAUAAUGACCCAGUUUGCACCUAUACUGGUUCCUUAUAUCUGGCAGAAUCAGCCUUUCAAUCUCAAAUAUAAACCUGCAAAAGGAGGUGUUCCUGCUCAUAUGUAUGGCAUGACAAAGUUUGGAGAUAACAUUGAGGAUGAAUGGUUUAUUGUUUAUGUAAUAAAGCAGAUUACAAAGGCAUUUCCAGAGUUAGUAGCAAGGAUCGAAGACAAUGAUGGCGAGUUCUUGUUAAUAGAAGCUGCUGACUUUCUCCCUAAGUGGUUGGAUCCUGAUAAUAGUGCCAAUAGGGUAUUUUUUCAUCAUGGGGAGCUGUGUAUUAUUCCUGUGCCAAGGAAAUCUGAAAGAAUACCCUGGCUGCCCACUACACCCCCAACAAUCCAACAGGCUUUGGAUAUCAUCUCAGCACACCCAGAAGCUGUGUUAGCUUCAGAACCUAUACAGGCUGCUGUGGACAGGCGCAUCAGAGGGUACCCAGAAAAAAUUGAAGCUUCUCUUCAUCGAGCACACUGCUUCCUUCCAGCUGGCAUUGUGGCAGUACUCAAACAACGACCCAGACUAGUGUCUGCAGCAGUCCAGGCCUUCUACUUACGGGACCCCAUUGACCUGAGGGCCUGUCGAGUUUUCAAGACAUUUUUGCCUGAAACACGAAUAAUGGCAUCUGUCACUUUUACCAAAUGUCUGUACGCGCAGCUGCUACAACAGAAGUUUGUGCCAGACAGGCGGAGUGGAUAUGGGCUGCCACCUCCAUCACAUCCCCAGUUCCGAGCCCAUGAAUUGGGCAUGAAGUUGGCUCAUGGAUUUGAGAUUUUGUGCUCCAAAUGUAGCCCACAUUUUUCUGACUCCAGGAAAUCCCUUGUGACUGCUUCACCCCUCUGGGCCAGCUUCCUUGAAAGUCUGAAGAGGAAUGAUUACUUUAAGGGACUGAUAGAAGGUUCUGCUCAGUACCAGGAAAGACUAGAAAUGGCAAAGAACUACUUCCAGCUCUCCAUACACCGCCCGGAAAGUUCAGUUGCUAUGAGUCCAGGUGAGGAAAUCUUAACCGUGUUGCAGACACUGCCUUUUGAUGUCGAGGAGCUCAAGAAAGAAGGAGCCGCUCUUCCUCCUGAGGAUGAUGACCAGUGGUUAGACCUCUCACCAGACCAGCUGGACCAGCUGCUGCAAGACACUACAGGCAGAAAAGAGUCACAGCCCAUUUCCCAGAAGGAGGAGCAGAAGAAUUAUGAUGUAGCACAGGUCUCAGACAGCAUGAAGGCCUUCAUCUCCAAAGUCUCAACCCACAAGGGGGCAGAGCUGCCAAGAGACCCUUCUGAAGCUCCAAUCACUUUUGAUGCAGAUUCUUUUCUUAAUUAUUUCGAUAAGAUUUUAGGCACAAAAUCUCAAGAGUCAGACUCUGAUGAUCUGGAUGAAGAUGACUUUGAAUGUUUAGACAGUGACGAUGACUUGGACUUUGAAACUCAGGACUCUGAAUCUCUGAAAGGAGCUCUUGGCAGUCUCAAGUCCUACAUGGCCCAGAUGGACCAGGAACUGGCACACACCAGCAUGGGUAAAAGCUUCAGUACCCGGAAGCAAAUGAAGAAGGACCUUCCAUCCCAGACUGCAAAUGACAAUUCAGAUGAGGAAGACUCAGGCGCAGGUGAUUGUGUUGUCGAAACAGUGGAUGUAGACCUAAACCUGGUCUCAAAUGUACUGGAAUCCUACAGCUCCCAGGCCGGGCUGGCAGGGCCUGCUUCCAACCUGUUACACAGCAUGGGUGUGCGACUCCCUGACAAUGCGGAUCACAUCCCCCAAGGAAGCCAGUGAAGGGUUAGCCUGCACAUCAGCUGAAUAAACCCUGAGUAAACAAUAAAUAAAUUCUCACUGACUAAACAUUGA